UCAACGCGUAAACGUCAACAAUCACCAGCACUGUCUCCGCUGCCUCUCUCCUCUGGACUCUUUCAUAUCCGCGAAUCACAGAUGUCCACAUGAUGCUACACCCGAUUAUCAGGGCUUCAGUGAGACUGUUCCAGCUGUAAGAUGUCGAUGGUGUUGUUUGCCUCUGUGGUCCGGGUCGGAGACGGCCUGCCGCUCUCAGCAUCGACCGACUACGAGCAGGACAAAGAGCUGCAGGAGACCAAGAAGCACCUUAAAGGUCUCUCCAAGAAACUCGGCCAGUUCCCCGACCGCUGCACGCUCAAGACCGGAUCCUAUAAUGUCAAUUUUACGAGCGCCCUGGGUGUUGGAUACAUGAUGGUGUGCGGCGCAAACUACCCCAAUGUGCUGGCCUUCUGCUUCCUGGACGAGCUGCAGAAGGAGUUUAUCGUCACCUAUGACUCCAAACGGAUCAGCAGUGCCGUGCGGCCGUACUCUUUUAUUGAAUUUGACACCUUCAUCCAGAAAACCAAACAGCGCUACAACAGCCCGCGCUCCCUGUCCACCAAGAUCAACCUGUCUGACAUGCAGACGGAGAUCAAGCUGCGACCGCCCUACCAGCUCUCCCAUGAGGACCUGCGGGCUAUCAAUGGAUUCUCAGUGCAGACGCCCUCCAAAUACAAAGGCAUAGCUCCCACACAGCUGUUGGAGCCCGUGACUCUUCCGGGCAUCGUGUCCUGUGUGCUGAGUGUCCUCUGUGGAGGCCUGAACCUGCUGCGAGGAGUUCACGCAAUAGAGAGCAUAUUACAGAAUGACGAUGAAGACUUUAAUUAUGUGAUUGCCUUCUUCCUCGGCACAGCGGCCUGUCUGUAUCAGUGCUACCUGUUCGCCUACUUCUCGGUCUGGAGGAACAGUAAGUCCUUCCUGGCGUUUGCACUCAUCUGCUUGUCCAACAUGUAUCUGUAUGAACUGAGAAACAUGUGGCAGAUCCUCUUCCAUGUGGCGGUGGGAGCCUUCAUGACUCUGCAGAUCAAACUGAGGCAACCGCUGGGGAAAGCUCCGGACUACAACGUCUGACGAACACUUUAAGCACAAAGGACACACAGACUUUCAAGUUCGGAUGUCUCGCACAUGCUCUGGAAAUGCAGCAGAGACAGAGCCGGGACGUCUGGGGGACGAAAAGAAAAAAACAAUCGUCUCAGAGAGGAGAAGAGAAACCAAAAACCUUACAGCUUCAACGUAUCCCAGCACCAGCGGACAGUGACAGAGCUCAGUGUGGACGGAAAGGGAAAGUCUGCCCCAGCCCUCAUCAUUUAUGGAACGUAAUGGAUCAAGUUCAGACGUUGUUUACUCCUCACAGUUCUCAGAUACAGAUAUUUACUUUUUCUGUCUUUUUUUUGUCUGCUAUAGUUUAGAUCAGAGUCCUGCAUAAGUCAAACAUCUUCACUCUUCAUCUUCAAAGUAAAUGAACACCAGAAAUGUUUCAGUAAUUGUACAUGCAACACAACUUUUAGACAAAAUAAUGCAGAUCUUCAGUUCUUUUUUUGACAUACUGAUCACUGAAGUUAAGAUAAGAUAAGAUAAGAUAAGAUACUCCUUUAAUCGUCCCACAACGGGGAAAUUCAUGGAGUUACAGCAGCAAACAAAAAGGUCUACAGUACAAGAAGUUAACAAGAAUAUAUAUAGAAAAGAAAUGUUCAUCAGAGACGACAGAUUGGCCAUAAUUCUCCUGUCAGCCACCACCUCCACAGGGUCCAGGACUGAGCUGGCCUUCUUCACCAGUUAGUCCAGUCUUGCUCUCCUGUAUCCUGUCUGCCCACAGCAGGGGAAAUCCUUCCAAUGUGGCGUUCCUGUCCGGUGUUAGCUCUGUUAGCAUGAUGCUACUCUGGUGCUGGGUUAGCUCGUCCACCUCAUUGUAGACAGAUCCCACAGUCCCCAUAACGGUGGGUGAAAGGACAGGUCAACGCCGUCCCUUCUAGCAUGCACCUCAGUACCAGCCCGUCAUCCUUGCCUCAAACAUAUUCACCCUUCAUCUUCAAAGUAAAUGAACACCAGAAAUGUUCAGUAAUUGUACAUGCAACACAACUUUUAGACAAAAUAACGCACUCUAAAGACAUUGAAAAGUAAAAAGUUCCUCAACAAUUUUAAGCCAGAUUUCUUUUUACUUUGAGGAAUGUGAAACCUUAUUAUUUCCUCCAUUAAACUAAGUUAAUAUUCUGAAACACAAAGCAGCAUUACAUAAAGCGUCUGAAAUAAAGUGCUCUCUAAAACGAGUAAAAUAUCUGAUUAAACUCUAAUUUACAAACUCUAAAACACAACACACUGACGACAUGUCUUGGACCAUCGCGUCAGUCGACACCCUUAACUCUCAACGGACUUGUUUAUUUGUGUUGCAACUGUGUCACCACUGAUACUUCAUGGAGAUCUGAUCAUAUCAAAGCUAGAACAUAUAAUCUAUGUUAUCUGAUAAUUACCUCAGGCUCGGUCUUAAUGUUUCAAAUCCUUCAAAAUAAGACAAAGUAUUUCAUAACACCCCUCAGUAUCUGACGGUCUUUGAUGCUCAAGCUGACGACACAUUUCUGGUUGAACAUGGAUGUAACUGAGGUCCAAUGCUCAACCCUUAUUUCCUGAAGCCUUACCAACUACAGAGAGUUUGACUGAAGGUUUGAGAGUUACAGAAGCAAACAUUUUGAAUUCUUCGGGCAGAGCUGAAAAAACGUUCAGAUAAAGGAACAUAAAAAGUCUUGAACUACGCCUCUUCUAUUUUCACACAAUCCUGCUUCAUUGAUGAUUGCUCAUCAUCAAAACAUCUUUCAAUAGUCAUUCCUACAUUAAAUUGAAGCUUAAGGUGUUGGCUUGAAAUUUGUAUCCCUCUCAUUUUCCAACUCAUUGUAACAAAGAGGCAAUUAACUAUCAAAAACACUCUGACACAUUGUGACAACCAACCCCAUCAUGGGGUUGGUUGUCACACUAUGGGGUUGGUUGUCACAAUGGUAUUCCAAUGGGAACAAUCUUUUAAAAAAGGCAGAACUACAUUUGAAAGUUUAAUUAGACUGACAAGUGAUAGGCCGACAUAACUUCAUGCAUUUUAACAUAACAUGAGCAAGGAACAUGAACAGGAAACACAUCUUUAGACCAGCCUAUAUAACAACAUAAAGAACAACACAAAUAGGCCGAACAAUAACAGCCUACUCAACUAGGCUACAUGCAGUCACUGUCUGAGUUACAGUGAUGGCACAUGUAGGGUCUGUGCACUCCAACUCAUUUCACCAUGCAUGAUUUUGCCAACAUAGGGGUUGGUUGUUACAUGUGACAACCAACCCCAAAGAGAAUGUGACGACCAACCCCAACUGGAUUUUUUUUGCUAGCAUCAAGGCUAACAACCAUCUAACAAAUACUUAGCUAGCUAAUAGAAAUCUAAACUAUAGCUUUCCCCUCACACUUUGUAAGGGUAACACUUGUUUUGUUAUAAACCCAUCGUUUAAAAGCCUAGAAGAAAAAUACUGAGGAGCUGAAUAUUUACAAUUUGACAUGAAAAACACAAAAACUCCUCUCACCUCAAUUUCAGCUGUCUUACUCCAGAGAAGACUAUGUAGGUGAGCUCUGAUCCUAAUUCUGGAAAUGUCCAUACCCCGAUUUGAGAGACAGCGCCCUCUGGUGGCGAGAUAUAUAAGGAGUGUGCCAACCAACCCGUGUGACAACCAACCCCGUUCUCCCCUACCUAUAAAAGCACCGAAUUCGGUACCCAUCCCUACCUAACACACUGAUCUCUGAGUGCACGUUCAACCGGUGGAGGGAUCGAUGAUACGAUCGGGAUAAUCGUGAAACCGUGAUUAUUUCACUCACGAUAAUCGUACCACCAAAAUCUUUUAUCAUUGCAUCCCCACCCUGCUUACAUCCACAUCCUUUACAUAUUUUCUUUCUGUUUCUUUCAUGCACUUUUUGCACACACGUACCCGACCUGGUGCAGGACUCUGGCGUAGGUCUUGGUUUAAACUAUGCAAUGCUGCCUUUUAUGUGUGUGUGUGCGUGUGUGUGUAUGUGCAUGUCUGUCAUUUCAGCUCCUCAUAUGUUCUGUAUUCAGGAGCCAUUGAUCAAACUUAAUUCUGCAGUUUCUUGUCAUUUUUCAGACACUUAAUUUUACUAUUUAUUUAUUGACUGAUUGCUCAGUGACACGAGGUCAGUGGAGAUUAUGCAAAUUUUAUUAGUUCAAUUUGUCAUUUUGUGAUUGCUUCUAUUGUUUUUUUUUUAAAGCGGAGGGGCGUCUGGCUGUCACAGAGCAGCUCCAGCAGACACAAACAGCCUGUUAGCAUUCAUACCCGACUUCCUCGCCCACACAGCCUCAAGCAUAUGCCAGUGUCAAGUGACUAUGUUAAUAAACAGGUCUGUGUUGGCAGCGGUAAAGAUGUGUAGCUGUGCUGUCGAGGCCAGAGGCAGCUUGUGUCAUCCCUGCUGCCGCUGGCGUGUUUUUUCUGUUUUUUUUCCCUUCCUCCCACCGAGCCCCCGUGAUUGUGUCUGCCACUUAUGAUGACAAAAACUCACCGUCUAUCUUUGUAACAAACAUUCUGCUCACACUCAACAUAAUUACAGUCAGGAGAUGCAGCCACAUUCGUCGCUAUUAGGCAGAGUGGGAUUUGUUUGGAGAAUUAUGGGAAGAUUUCCUAAUUUCCUGCACAAAUAAUAUCAAAUAAACGGAGGAGGGAAGAGAA